AUGUCACCAAGAAAAUGCAUAAGAUGUCAACUUAGGAAAAUCAUUAAGAUGUAACGUCAAAGUGUUUUACUAUUGGUGGGAAAUCUACCUUGUGAUUUGACGUUACGAAUUCGAGCCCCACCAACUACAUUUGCUUGAUAACAGAGGGAUUCUCUUAUCCCUAAUGAUACACAAAAUAUACUAUUGAAAUUAAAAAAUUUCAUAAUAACCCGUGUGAAUUACAAAAAAAAAAAUAAAAAAAAAUAAAAAAAUAAAAAACCUAUAAAAAAACAAUAUUUGUUUCUGUAUCAGUGAUAACCCAGAAGAAGAAGAGAAGAAGCAAGAAACCCUUGCUGAUAUCUGACUCCUCCCUACCAAAUCCAAUCUCAUCCCUCAUUUACCCACCAUACCCCCUUUCUCCCCAUCAUCAAGAUCCUUUGAGAAAAUUAAUUUAAGAUCAACAAAAUGGAGCUGAAGGGUGUGAAAGAUGCAUUUGACCAUGUUACAAAAAAACAAAAGAUGUGUUCCUCCAAAUGCCAUGAAGCAGUAGAACAGAUAGGCCAGGAAGUUGAGCAGGCUUUAAUUAAACUACAAUCAGCUGAUGCUAGUACUUCAUACCCAGAUCAUAAAGCCAUAAUUGCUGAUCUCAAGACCAAGUUGAAGGAGAUUACUCAGUGCAGCCAACUAGAAUCCAGCCAAAAAGAGCUGAAUGGACCAUUGAGCAAGUACCCAAAGCAGCUCGAAAAAUCUUUCAAUCCUGAUAUAUCUAAAGCAUACAGAAACGUUGAUUUCAAUAACCACACAGUUAAUCAGAUCAUAGCCAGUCAUCUGUACAGGGAAGGCCUAUUUGAAGUGGGAGACUGCUUUGCCAAUGAAGCUGGGGAGCAUGAAGCAACUGCCUUAAAAUGUCCUUUUAUUGAGAUGUACCAUAUCCAACAAGCCAUGAAGUCCCAUAAUUUGGAACCAGCCCUAAAAUGGGCAUCUGCCAACCGCGAGAUACUCAAGCAAAAUGGAUCAGAUCUCGAGCUUAAACUUCAUAGGCUACAGUACGUUGAAAUUCUGCAGAAUCAAGGUAGAGAUGAUGCCCUAAAAUAUGCUAGAACUUUUCUAUCUCCUUUUGCUUCCUCCCAUAUGGCUGGAAUCCAGAAGCUGAUGGCAUGUCUUUUAUGGGCUGGUAAACUCGACUCCUCUCCCUAUUCUGAUCUUCUUGCUCCUAUCAAUUGGGAAAAGUUGGGUGAAGAAUUUACAAGGCAAUUCUGUAAUCUCCUGGGACAAUCUUUUGAGAGUCCAUUGAGUGUGAGUGUAGCAGCUGGAGUUCAAGGGCUUCCUACCCUUCUUAAACUGAUGAAUGUGAUGACAAGUAAGAAACAGGAAUGGCAAUCUAUGAAACAGCUCCCUGUUCCGAUUGAGUUGGAUAAAGAAUUUCAAUUCCACACUAUAUUUGUGUGCCCUGUAACUCGGGAUCAAGCAACCGAGGAGAACCCACCAAUGCUGAUGUCUUGUGGGCAUGUUCUUUGCAAGCAAUCAAUCACAAAACUCUCAAAGAGCAGUACUAAGACCUUCAAGUGCCCUUACUGCCCAGCUGAGAUUGAGGCUACACUUUGUAGACGGUUAUAUUUUUGAUGUUGAUGAACAAGUAUGGCUGUACUUUUUAGGUUCACAAUCUCUCACUUUUCCUUUCUCACAUGAACAUAAGAAGUUGCUGUUGUGAAGUAUGUUGUGUUUGUUAUUGUGCAGGUUAUAUCUUUCUUGGGUGGUAGUUUCCCUGGGAAACUCCCUUUAUGGAUCUUUAUGUUUGUGUUAUUGGUGUGAUGUCGCCAAUUGUAUAUAUACAUUCUUUCUAUUACUUGAUGGCGCUUUGUUUAGUCUCUAGAAUUUUUAAAAUAA